CAUAUAAGCACAGUAACUCGUUUGCCGCUAAACGGUCUCAAACCACCGCGGGAUAAGGACGUGCGUGUUAACAGUGCUGUCAAAAAAUAUAUCGAUACAAUGAAGUUGGCGCCUUUUGACGUGAAGAAUGAGAACUAUCAUUUGGGCCAUUUGUUUUUGGAUGCGUUGAGGACAGCGAAGCAGGAUGAAAUUUUACAGAUAGACGCGGCUACCGAGGAGAGCGAGACAUAUGCCUCAGUCCUGGCCCGUACCAUCCAACUGGCCAGAUGUUUCAGGAAGCUUGGAGCCAAGCCAGGAGAUGUGCUCGCUUUAGGCGGCAAGAACCACUUGGAUCUGCACAUACCGUACUACGCUGCGCUUCUGAAUGGGUACCCUUUGACUGGAGUGGACCCUAUGUUUAAAUACACUGAAAUUAAGAAGCUCUUCAAAAUAUGUUCGCCAAGAAUAGCCUUCUGUCAAAAGGAGUUACUGGAAGCAUAUGAUCAGGUAGUGGAAGAAUUGGGCCUGAACACAGAAAUCAUUUGCUUCGAUGAAGGAGACCGCUCCCUGGCGAAUUUCAUAAAAAAAUACGAUGACAAUGAUGGAGAGGAAUUCUUGCCUGCAGUAUUAGACAGGAACAAGAGUUAUGCGUGGCUGAUCAGCACGGGAGGAACGACUGGUGUCGUCAAACUAGCUGCCAUCACCCACAUGAGUCUCAUGAUCAAGUUGGAGCAUAUGAAGGCCUUCUUCCCGAACUAUAAUCGCACUACUAACAGUGAGUACAAUAUGGGGUGGAACAUAUCUCCCGUGCAAUGGAUCUCAGGGUUCUACGGCGCGAUCACGAUGCCUCUACAACGUCAUAUUAAACUGCAGUCUUCUCAGCCUACAACACCAGAACACGUUAUAGAUAUGAUCAAUAAGUAUAAGCCAGUAAGUGCGUUCCUGAGUCCAUUUUUAGCAACAAUACUGCUCAAGAGUGAGAAGAAAUGUGACUUCUCCUGCUUCGAUAUCUUAAUGAUUUCGGGAGGAAAAGUGCACAGGGAUAUGCAUCUGGCAUGGAGAAAAAAAGUUCGUCCAGGGGUUCCAGUAGUAGAAAUGUAUGGUCAAACUGAGAAUUUGGGAGCUGUGUUCACUGGACAGCCGGAUGGACCCAUCGGAAAUUGUGGAACCGCAGUGCCUUCUCUGACGCAAAUCAAGUUGGUUGAUCCUGACACGGGGAAAGAAGUAACUGAACCGAAUGUACCGGGAGAGUUGUGGACAAAGGGACCUCGCUUUACGGAAUAUUACAAUAACCCAGAAGAGACUGCAGAGGUUUUCACGGAAGACGGCUGGUUCAAAACCGGUGACAUCAUGCGCAGAGACGAGAAUGGAUACUUCUUCUUCGUCGAAAGGUUGAAGAUGCUCAUCAAAUACAAAGCUUACCAUAUAAUCCCCCCAGAAAUUGAGGCAGUGAUCCGGGAGCACCCAGCAGUGUAUGAAGUGAGUGUCACCAGCGUGCCUCAUGAGGAGGAUGGAGAGCAUGCCGUAGCGUGUGUCAUGAGGAAACCUGGUGCUAACGUCACCGCUGAUGAGAUUAAGGAUCUUGUUGCUAGUAAACUAUCAGACUCACAAAGACUGAGAGGAGGUGUGAUCUUCAUGGACCAGAUUCCAAUGACUUCAAGCGGAAAGGUAGCGCGCGGCAAACUUCGACAAUUGGUCCAAACGCUCCAUAGAGAAUAGAAGAAAUACAUAUGAUUGAUAUUGUUAGCUCAAAUUAAUCAAAAGUUACUCAACAUACCGUCAGUUGCACAAAGCUCCAUUAAAGUUAAAGCUUCUUUCUUUGUCAAAAAGAAAAAAAGUGUCAGCAAUAGAUUUAAUGAAGCUUUAACUUUAAUGGAGCUUUGUGCAACUAAUGGUUUAAGUAUUAGUGAAAUCUAAACUUCAAACUUAAAAUGGUCUUACUACAAAAACUUAAACAUGUGUCAAACACUUGUCUAAAAAUAUUGUGGCUGUAAAAUGGACCUUAUUUCAACGUCAUAAUCUGGAUUUUUUUAGACAAUGGUUAAACUGACGUUUAACAGUUUUUGUGGUAACACGGCAAGUCUUUCUGUCGCAACUAUUUAUGUCAGUUUUUUACAUAAGUACACAUACAUGUUACAAAGUUUUUUAUUAUUUUUUAAGUGUGUCAGCAAUAGUGUGAUGUUUGAGCUGCACUCAAAAUUGAGUGAUGCUUUCAUUACUCAGCUGUUAUAAAAUAAUUAUAAAAUGUAGAUUUUUGUGAUCAUUUUGCAACAAUGACUGAUUUUGAUUUGAGAAAGUUGUACUAAUUGUUUGUUAAUACAUAACAUAAUAAGAAAUGUAAGUUACCAAGUUAUUGCAGUAUUUUAUGUAGCAAGUACGAGUAUGACUCGUUGUAUGUCUAACUAAAUAGGAUAAUGUUAAGUAUUUAUAAGUACCUUUAUGAGUUUUGUAAAUGAAUUGUAUAAAUUAAUUGUUUUUAAAA